AUGGCGAAAAUAGUAGGGAUUGUCCUAGGGUUACUUGUAAUCGCUGACACUCUCCGUAGCGGCCACGCUGCUGGAACGUACGGCGUCACAAAAGCCAGUUGGCAGCCGCUCUGUGAAGCGACCACAGACCUGAGAACUAUUCCGUCAGAUGUGGCAGCAAACCUCAAAGCCGGAGUAACAAAAGUUAAAAACAUGAUCCUUGACUCCACAAGGGCGGCAAUAUACAGUCAACUUCAAAAAGGCACCAAAGAAGCGGCCCGGGUAAUAACUAUUUCAUUGUACAUGCUGGGAGCAGCUUUACGCGCGGUAAGUUACCUGGAGUCCACCGACAUAAUCAACGGCGUGGACCUUGCGGCAAAGAGUGCGUACUUAAAAGGGCACAUCGAUGAAUUUUUAAAGGUCGCAGAAAAGACAACAAGGUCAGGGGAACAUUGUUUACUGGCUGCCGGGGACACCGGCGCGGCCACAUUUGCAGGAGAGUCGCUAAAUAGAGUUAACUGCCCGACCACCAUGGUCGACACAACACCGACGAAGGCGUCACUAAAGAAACUAUCCAGCAAAGGCCACAAAGGAGCGAUGACACCAAGCAACGGAGGCAGCCACGAGCACCAAGCAAGCGGAACGUACAGGUGCAGGCUGUUUUCAAAGAGCAACGCCAACGGCCUUGCGCACUCCGGCGGCAACGUAGAAGACGGCAUAAAAUGGGCAGGAGGCUACUACAGCCUACACAGCACACCAGAUAAUCCACUGACAGUAGCGGAUCUACGCGAAACGCCGGACACGCCACGAGAAGCGAGCACAGCAUGGCAGCAGGUUUUUACAGCAAUAUCAAAAGCACCGAACAGCGAGUCAGCCACAUACACCAAUAACUCAAAGGCGAUUGACUCAGACACAGAAGCAACCGAACUUCUGUCCCAAGUACUACACAACGAAAAAGGGGAAAAUGCCGAAGACAUAAAAAAAAUGCGUGAUGACAUUUUUACCACCAAACUUGCAAGCGUUGUUGACAGCACCUUCGCUAAUAUUCAUAACGCCAAACUACCGGCCAAAAUCUCAGGUAUUGACAAAGGCAAAUCGCUAGGAGAAAUCACAGCACCAAGCGACCUCGCAGCGUUGCUAGCAGCUUUGCUCCGCAAAAUAGACACGGAGGUAGCGACACUCAAGAAGAAGCUCGAAACAACAAAUGAGCGCCCAGACCCAGUAAGCGAAGCCACGUGCAAUACAAUCAAAGGUGAAGCAGACUGCAACAGAGCGGCAGCGUGUAGAUACAACACAACAGAAACUUACGAAAAUAAAAAGUUCCAAUUUAAUGCCUCAAAAGCUUCAGCAAGCGGUGUCCCUGCACCACAACCUCAAACUGGAGGAACCGAAACGACAACAGAAAAAUGCAAAGGGAAAGGAGAGAAAGAUUGCAAAUCUCCGGAUUGCAAAUGGGAUGGAAAAGAGUGCAAGGAUUUCAGUUUUCUUGUAAAUAUGAAACUUGCUCUGAGUAUUUCUGCUUUUAUGAGUUUGGUAGCAUUUUAA